UGUGAGCAUGUACUGUGGUGGGAAAUAUCGAUAGACAAAUGAAUGUAAGAAACAGUAAGUGGGACUGGCGUUGUAGGAUCCCGGACUGUAACCGGCGCUGUGCUCCACACCGGAAGUGUCCCCCCCGAGGCGCUCCUCUCUGUGUCUAGCUAUAGCUAGCGUGACUGCUGCUGCUACUACUAGCGUCGAUUUCUAGAUUUGCUGGAUCCGCCAUAUUUUCCACUAGGAGACCCAGAGAGGGCAUUUCAGUAUUCAGAAAGCCUUGAGGAAUGACAUUUUGGAGUGCUGUGCCUCCUGAAUAAAAUGCUGGAUGUCCUCUCAUAGCAGCUGCAACCAGCUUAUGCUCCUCCAUAAAGCAAUCACAUCUGCUUUCAUCAGCUCCACCUCUCAUCUACUGCUUGGAGGAAACCUCCAAGGUGCUUCUGGGAAUAUCCCGACUAGAAUAUGUCCGGUCCUGUCUCAAGCCGCUCUCGAGUUUACCCUGAUGUAAACACACAGAGACCCAGAGAGUACUGGGAUUAUGAGUCCCAUGUGGUAGAGUGGGGAAAUCAGGAUGACUACCAGCUUGUGCGAAAGCUUGGUCGAGGAAAGUACAGUGAAGUGUUUGAAGCCAUAAACAUUACAAACAAUGAGAAAGUCGUGGUGAAAAUACUGAAGCCUGUGAAAAAGAAGAAAAUCAAGCGAGAAAUUAAAAUUCUGGAGAACCUGAGAGGAGGCCCCAAUAUCAUAACUCUUUUAGACAUAGUCAAGGAUCCUGUGUCUCGGACACCAGCCCUUGUUUUUGAGCAUGUAAACAACACAGAUUUCAAGCAAUUGUAUCAAACAUUAUCGGAUUAUGACAUUCGCUUCUACAUGUAUGAAAUCCUGAGGGCUCUAGACUACUGUCACAGCAUGGGAAUUAUGCACAGGGAUGUCAAACCACACAAUGUCAUGAUUGACCAUGAGCACAGAAAGCUUCGUCUGAUAGACUGGGGCUUGGCUGAGUUUUACCAUCCAAACCAGGAGUACAAUGUGCGAGUCGCAUCCAGGUACUUCAAAGGUCCUGAGCUGCUUGUUGACUACCAGAUGUAUGACUAUAGUUUGGACAUGUGGAGUUUGGGUUGCAUGCUGGCCAGUAUGAUCUUCAGGAAGGAACCUUUUUUCCAUGGACAUGACAAUUAUGACCAGCUUGUACGGAUUGCAAAGGUCCUAGGCACAGAAGACCUGUAUGAUUACAUCGACAAAUACAACAUUGAACUGGACCCACGCUUUAAUGACAUUUUGGGAAGGCAUUCACGUAAGCGAUGGGAGCGCUUUGUGCAUAGUGAGAACCAGCACCUUGUGAGCACUGAGGCUCUGGACUUCCUGGACAAGCUGCUGCGUUACGACCACCAGGCUCGCCUGACUGCACGCGAGGCCAUGGAUCACCCCUACUUCUACCCCAUUGUGAAGGACCAGGGUAGAGGAGCUACUGCUACUGGAAUGGCUGCUAGCUCCACUCCAGUCAGCUCCUCUAGCAUGAUGGCAGGCAUCACCUCAAUGGCAGCCAGCACUCAGCCCAUAGGCAGCAUUGCAGCUGGCUCUCCUGUCAUCUCUGCCCCCAACACGCUGGCUACACAAGUACCCGCCGCCACGGGAGCCCAACCUUAAACCCCUCUCUUUCUUUCUUUCUCUCUCCUCUCCCUUUCUCUUAUCCUUCCUACCCUCCCUCCUGUAUUUGUUCUAUUGGCAGUGUGGACAGUGACAGCCAUCAACUUUUUGUUGUUAUUAUGUUGAAAAGUAACACAGAACUAAUACAAAGUUACCCUUUUUCCUCUCCUCUUCAGUUCCGUUCUGUAGGGAUAUGGACUCACAUUAUGUUUUAGCACCUGCCUGGGAAAGCUAAGAUAGGCAUGCGGGUGCGUUUUCUCUCUUCUCACCGUGGCUGUCUCGAAACACAAAUACACAUGUAGAACUGAAGAAGGAAAAUAAAAUUUAUUUUAUAUGUCCCUCAAGUAUUCUUGUUUUUGAAUACCAGUUCUUUGACCAUGUUCCCAUUUGGUUGUGCUUUUGUGGGGUGGGGACAACACAGCAUUUUAUUUCUUCACCUCUGGGUGUUAUUACACUGUGAAACUUGAUUACAAACUUGAGCGGAAUGCAGACUCGUGUUCGGUGUUCGCUGGGUUCAUGGUUGCACCCGUUCUGCUGUACCGUGCUGGAGCUUCAGUUGUGCUGUUCAUGUGGACUUUUACAUUCUUGGACUGGGAGCCAAAUUCAAUCAAAACUGCUAAAACAAACAUGACUGGCGGUGUAUAUUCAGUCAAUGUGUGUAUACAGAUUUUACUGAUCAGUAUGUAGAUGCUAUUGUUACAUGUUACUUUAUUGAUUACUUGGGGAUUUGAUAGCAGGUUGAUUGGAUUUGGCUGUGGACUUAAUAGAUACUCAGUAGUUACUUUUAGGACAAGUGGCCAAUGCCGAGUACCACAGAUUCAAUAAUAUGCCAAUGUGUGUUACUCACAGAACUGAAAUUGUCUUUUUUUAUUUUUAUUUUAAAUGAAGCUUCUGACACAUUUGUUUAAUACCAUGAAGAAUUUUGUAAGUUUUUUUUUUUCUCCUUGAUUAAUUAUCCAGUGAAAUGUCUCUCAACUCCAUGAUUAAAACAAUUAAAAGAGGCUAAAUAUCUCUUUA